AUGUUUUCAUGCAUUCGCUCUCUCUCUCUCUCUCUCUCUCUCUCUCUCUGUUUGACUUUGAACCACAUCCUAUUCUUCUGUACCAUACACCCUUCCUUGGCAGCUCAUGAGCCAUUCACAGUAAAGAAGACAGUAUUUCGUAGGAAAAUGUCUGCGAGUGUUGUUAGAAAGGACUCUUUAAAAAUCCUUGCUAACCUAGGAGUUACAAGUGAUAACAGAGUACCUGCUUUGAAUAUACAAGAUUUAACCAAAAGUCCGGCUUGGGUCGCCAGUGCUGUGCACCAACUAAAAGAGAUAGAUUUUCACCUGCAGAACAAAGAAAUCGAUCAGCAUAAGAAAAUCAGUGACAACAUCAAUAAUGUAAUUAGUUGCCUGCAGACUUUGGACAAUUGUCGCUUGCAACUCCAUGAAGAACUUGAAAAAGAAGCCAUUACGACAUUUUCCCUUUUUCACACCAUCAAAACCCUUCCUUCGUCCAUCAAAGGGGAAAUUAAUGCGGCCGUGGAAGCAGCCCAUUCCCAAAAUGAAAUGGAUAUUGCCAGCAAAGCAGCUGUCUUAAGCGAACUAGAAGACAAGAUAUGCACUUUAAGAGAUGAACAACUUAGAUUGGAAAAAGACAACAAUUCUCUUUUGCCCCAAAGGAAUCUAAUUCGGAAGCAGCAUGAUGGGCUGGUUAUUAAUCUUAACAAACUUUUAGAAGAAAAAUCCAGGAUACAAAUUGAUGUAAAUGAGACAAGAGAGAAGAUUCGACAACACAAUCAGGAGAUUGUGGAAACAGAAAUGACAAUCCAGGAGUUAAAGGCUAAACUUGAUGAUGAACAUGACCAAGCUAACAGAAAGAUACAAAAUUACAAAUGUGAUAUUGAAAAAAUAAAACAGAAGAAAGAACAAUGGGAUAAGAAAAAUCUCCAUGUAAGUCAGCAACUGAGUGAAGUCAAUGUUGAGUUGACUGAAAGCAAAUUGGCUUUGCAGGAAUUACAAAAUAAUGAAAAAAUCCAAGAAAAGGCUCUUUUGGAUCUGAAAAAACAGAAUCAACAUCUGAUUCUUCAGAUUCAGGCUGAAAGAACUGCCCAGGAGCAUUUGACAAACACAAAAAAGAAACUCACUGAAAAAUUAGGAAAAAUAACAAAAAAAAAUGCUGGUAUCCUCAGUGAAAAACAGAAAAUCUUAGAUGAUAUAAAGUUGAGAGUUGAUUAUGAAACAAAACAAAGUAAGGAAUUACAACAGCAUGAAGAAGACCUACAAAGAGUCAUUGUUGAGUGCACAGAUGCCGAAAAGAAAGCCAAGAAAGAAGUUGAAGAGUCAGAAACCAAAUUACAUAGCAAACAGCUCGAGCUUUCAGAACACACAGAGAAAUUGGCCAGCUUUGAUUCAGAAAACACUCGAAAUAAAGAUGCCAUACGAAAGAUGAUAGAGAAUCAUGGUCUCUUGAUAGCCCAAUUCAACAGAGAAAUUGAAAAGCGAAAAUCUGCUUUAAAAGAAGAAAAACAGUUAAGUUUCUUUUUUUAUUUCUUCCCUUCUCUCCUCCCUUCUCUCCUCCCUUCUCUCCUCCCUUCUCUCCUCCCUUCUCUCUCCCUUCUCUCUCCCUUCUCUCCUCCCUUCUUUCUCCCUUCUCUCUCCCAUCUCUCUCCCUUCUCUACCUCUUCCCUCUUAUCAGAAGCACAACAUGACCGAGAUUCUCUGACACAGAAGAUGAGAACAACUGAAGAACAGAAAGUAAAAUAUGCAUCAAAGAUGAAACAGAAGAUCUCUGAGCUGAAAGAACAGUUUACCAAAAACAGUAUUGCAGGAAAAGAACUACAGAAAGAUGUACAAGAGAAAAAUGAAGCUUUACAAAAACUGGAUGAGGAAACAAAAUCUGUGGAAGAAACAAUGAAAAAAAUGGCUGAAGAGAAGGAACAAUUGAUUAAACAGACAAAGGAUAGGAUUGCAGUCCUUGAAGAGACCAUCAAAGAACGCACUAAGAUCCUCGAAGACAAGAUGCCAUCGUUUGAAGAGGUUGAAAAAAAAUACCAGCAACAAUGCAAAAUCUAUCAAGAACGCAAGGACGCAUUUUCAACUCAGCGUCGUAAUGAGAUAAACUUAAAACAAAAUUUGCACCAAACACAAAAGAAUCUGGAUGAGAUGAAGAUGAUGCAAGAGAAAGAACAGCAGCAGAUCAAAAACACCCAAAAUGAAUAUUUGUCAAUACUGAAUUCCAAUUCUGAAGAAUCUAAAUUACUGGAAGAAGACAUUUAUGUUCAAAGCUGUAAACUCAAGUCAAUCAUUGAAGAGAAUCACACACUAAAAAAUGGCAUUGAUGGACUGGAAAAGGGAAUUGUUGACACUGAUCAGUGUAUUGAAGAAGGCAAGAAAUUACAUCAGAGCAUAAUAGAAGAAUUGGUGGAAACAAGACGAAAACUUACAAACAGUUUUAAAGAAACCACUCUGAAAGAAGAGACACUCAACUGUCAAGAUACAGAAAUGAUGCACCAAUUGAGUGGGGUCCUGAAUAUCCUUAAUCAUAACAGCAAGCAGGUGAACAGCGUUGCUGAACAGCUUUUCAAACAGCUGGAAGGUUUGGGGAUUUAUCUGGACCAGGUGUGCAAUAAACGAUCUCAAUAA